AUGGCGAGAUUGCACCCGUCACCGGCAGAGCACGAAUCUCAACUGCUUGUACAAUAUUUGGGAUCAAGCUUCAAGUUGGAAGCAUCCGUGGAUGGGGUUAAAAUUUCCAAUCGCCUUGGUGCCAGUGAAACCGUACGGGCAAUCCUUCAGACAAGGCGGAUUCAAGCAAGAGCUAGCGUGUUAGAGGAGCCCAAGAAAUUCCGACCUAACGCUUUCAAUUUCCGCGAAGGUCCCGCUCGCAAUCUACAGAGGCUCCAGGCUACGUUUGCGUGA